AUGAUUCAUGACGUGCUUCGCCUCUGGGUCGUUGUCAUCAUUCUGGCCUCAUGGCUUGGCCUCAAAUCCGCAUAUCGCUUGUCCUUUCACCGCUUGGCGGGGUUUCCUGGCCCAAAAUUAACAGCAUGCACACAAUUGUACGAGUUCUUCUACAAUGUGGUCCGACCGGGUAAAUUCCUGUUCAAAAUCGAAGAGAUGCACCAGCAAUACGGCCCCCUUGUUCGCAUCAACCCCCGAGAAGUUCAUGUUCGCGAUCCGUCCUUCUACGAUGAAAUCUAUGCUUCGAGUCGCCGAACGCGCGACAAAGACGCCAAGUUUGUGCCGACGUACGCCCUGCCCGACUCCAUGGUGGCCACUCAAUUCGGGGAAUUUGAGAGGAAUCAAUCUGUGCUAUGCCUGGAUGAUGCUUUCGCAGCACUACCCUCGGAUAUCAUCACGUCUUACUGCUGCGGAAAGCACGGGGGAUUUUUAGAGGAUCAACAUUUUCGCAAUGAUAUUCGUCGUGCUACGGCGGAUGCCAUGGAGUUUGGUCAUAUUUGCCGGUUCUGCCCUUGGCUGGUGUAUGCACUGCGCCUCCUUCCACCUCGAGUCAUCUCAAACCUCAUGCCAGGAAAAGCAGCAGUAUUCAAGUUCCUAGCCUCACUCUUGGACGACCCAACCACGGCCACGCAUGAAAAAACGCCACCUAUUCCAACGACGGGCUCCCAGCCGGCAAGGAAAACCAUGGUCGCCGCCUUGGCGGAUCCUAGUAUUCCACUGAGGGAACGAAGCUAUAACCGACUGCAGGAUGAAACGUUUGCCAUUAUUGCCGCUGGUACAGAAACGACGGCUCGUGUUUUGACAGUUGCCGCUUACCAUCUCGCCCGGGAUGGCGACCUUCGAGAUACGCUGCGGGCGGAAUUGAAGAGGGUGAUGCCCACGCUGGAUGCGAGGCCGACCUGGCCUGAGCUUGAAAAGUUGCCCUACCUGACUCCAAUCAGCAGCUCUAGCUAUAUCCUCCACCGGGACGCUUCUAUUUUUCCCGACCCGGAACGAUUCGACCCCGAAAGAUGGGUCAAGGCGGCACAGAAUGGAGAUAAUUUGAAGAAGUACCUGACUUCAUUUACGAGGGGGAGCAGAGCCUGUAUCGGCAUAAACCUCGCGUACAUGGAGUUAUUCUUGACCGUUGCUCAUCUUCUUCGUCGUUUUGACAUGGAACUCUACGACACGGAGGAGGAAGAUGUCCGAAUUGUGCGAGAUAUGAAUAUGGGAUAUACGAGACGGGGUAAUCUGAGAGUUUACGCCAAAUUGUCAUUAGCGGAAGGGUAG